CUUUGAGGACGUGGCUCGAGGAGCCUUUUUUCUUCUUUGAUCUCUUCGCAACUUUGCUCCUCUGGGUUGUUGUUGUUUUUUUAAAAAAUUUUUAAUUAUUAUUUUAUUUAAGGGCCUUUUUUUUCCCCCUCCCCCACGCGGGGCGAGAGUGGAUCGUGGGAAGCGAUUCAAAGAGGGGCGCCAUGGCUUAUCCCCCUGGAUAUGGGGGUCCAGGCUCCAAACACAGGUCCAGGAUCCCCCCUGUGCCACAAUCUCCAGAUGCGCCGCAACUCUUCGAUGACACCAGCUCGGGCUACGGGCCUCCCCAAGCGGGAUACCCGCCCCCUGGGAUUGACAUGAGCUUCAACCAGAUUUUUGCCGACCCGGUCGCUAAUGUCGCUAUGGCUUACGGCUCCUCCAUUGCGUCCCAGGGCAAAGACAUCGUUCAUAAAGAG